AUGAUAAUCAAUAAUAAAAUAUUAAAAAAUCACAUAAACUAUUAUAUAAGAAAACUAAAUCUAAAUAUUUUUGAAAAUAAAUACUUUAUUUUAUGUUAAAUAUAGACUAUUAUUAUAUAUAUUUUUUUAAAAAAAAGAAAAAAAAUAACUAAGUUUUAUAUAUUUUUUUUUAAAAAAAAAUAAAAAUAAAAAUAAUAAAUUAUAUUUUUUUUAAAAAAAAAAAAAUUAAAAUAAAAAUAUUUAAAAAAUAAAAAAAACAUAAAAUUAUAUAUAAUUAAUAAAAUAUUUAUAAAAAUGUCUUCCUAAAUAGAAGAAAGUUUAGAUAAAUAUUACGAUGAAGAAUACGAAUAAGACAUAAAAGAAGAAAGUGACAAAAAAAAUCAAAAAAUUUAAUAAAGACUAUAAAAUAAAUAACCAAAACUACCCAAUGUAAAUUUGAAAAUAUUUCAUAAAAAUGAUGAAUAAAAAAAAAAUAUUUAAAAAGAAAAAAAAUAAAAUUAACCAAAAAUUCCUUUAAAAAAAAACAUUAUUAAAAAUGAACUUAAAGGAGAGAUUUUUGAUUCCGAAAAUUUAGAAAAAGGAGAUUAGGCUAUUUAGGAAAACCAAGAAGAUUUAGAAUUAAAAGAAAAAGAAAGAAAAAGGAAAAUUUUAAUAGAAUAAAAGCAAAAAAGGAAACAAAAUUACGAUACAUAGGAUUAAAAAGUACAAUUAAUACUAGAAAAUCACGAGAAAAAAUAAAAGGAAUUAUAAGAUAAAGAAGAAUUUUAAGGAUAAUUAGAGAUUGAAAAAUAAUUAUAAAAACAUGCUUAAAAUUUUAUAUAAGAAGGAUAAAAUAAUUUAUAAAAAGAAAAUAAAGCUUUAAAUAAUAUUGAUAAAAUAUUAUAAGAAAAAAGUAAAAAAUAAAAGGAAAAAAACUUAUAAUAUGAGGAAAAUUUAAAAGAAAGAAAUGAAUAAGACGCUUAGUAAAUAAAAACAUUAAAAGUUUAAUUAAAAUAUUUAAACUAAGAAAAUUUAAAAAUUAAAUAAACUCUUUAAAAGCUAAAAUAAAAUAAAGAAUUAUGUUUGUAAUAAAUUUAAUAAUUAAAAAUUAAAGAUAAUGUAGUUGAUUUAGGAAAUAAUAAAUUCACUUCCUUUGGUCUUGUACCUGAAGUAAGAAAUUAAAAACCAAAUUAAUAUAAUAUUGAUACAAUCGUUGAUUAAGAGGAAUCUUCAUAUUAAGAAAAGUUAAAUGAUUAAGAGAAAAAUAUAAUUACAGAACCUACUGUUGUAGAGCUUAUUGUAAACAAAAUAACUUUAUAAGGUUUACAAUUAGUUGAUGUUUUUUAAUUAUUAGAUUUCAAUGGAGAUGGUAUAUUAAGUAUAAAUGAAAUAACUGAUAAUAUUUAAAAACUUUAAUUAGAAUUAACUGAUGAAGAAAUAAAAGAAAUGAUAAAAAUAAUUGAUUCAAACAAUGAUGGAGUUAUAAGCGAAUAUGAAUUUGUUAAAAAUCUAGAAAAUUAAUAUGAAUAAUAAAAAGAAUACUAAAAAAUAAUGGGUGAAUUAAAAAAUAUAUCAAAUCCAAUAGUUUUAUAGGAGAGAAUUUUAGAUUUAGAUUCACGCUUAAAAUAUUGUUAAAAAAUAUAAAUUUAAGAAUAAAAAGAAAAUAUAAAAAAAUAACCUGAAAUUGAUAAAUAUUUAAAUUAAUUAAAAGAAAUAGAAGAAAAAUAUUAAAAAAAUAAAUGA